AAGCAGGGUCGGCAGAUAGGCAUGAACGCAGGAUACCAGGUACAGGGGCUCAUGGGAAACAUACACCAAGGCCCUGAUCACAGGCCUGGUCCUACUUAAAUACACCUCCUGCAAUCAGCUUCAGCUGAUGGCUGACUGCAGGAGUGAGCUUCUGGCUGCUGAAAACACCUGCUGGUCAGCCCUGGUACUGCAGCCCACACGGCAGGUGAGUCCCACCACCAGUGCUGAGUCCAUUCCUGACAGCUGGGAACCAGUUAUUGGCCAGUUUAGCUGGACAUCAGAGGCUGGCACGUCAAGCUGGGCAGCGGACAGAGUCAUCUGGCACGACAGCGGGCACCGAGUCACCAAGCUCGACCAGAGUCCAUUCCUGACACAAUGUGGGACCAUGGCAGGGUGCCCAACCCUUUUAAGGAUUGUCGGAGGGCCAUGG